AUGACUUCCCCGCAGCGCACGGUCAAUGAUACCUUGGCUUUCAUCUCCAGGAACCUCGCCUCCCGCCAUGCUGUCGAGUCGAUGACCAAGGACACCCUCGAGAGCAGGCCGACGGACGCCGAACUCCGCUGCCUGUGCCAGGACACCAUCCUCACGAUGAAGGAGUUCACAUCGGGCCACCAAGUUGUCUCCUGCGCCGUGCCAGGGGCUGUUCGGGCUCUAGCAUUGGCCUUCGACAAGCUUCAGCAAGCAGACACGACCAGGCUUUCGGUUAUCAUGAAUGGGGGUAUCAAGAUCGGUCGGGAGUGGGAUGAGGACGCAUUCCAAGAGAAUGGUCGGAUGAGAUUCUUCAAGGAUGGCAUACGUGAGGAGGUCCCCGGAACGCUUCUCUGGGAGGUUGAGGUCAUCUCUGUCCCCGACGGCUCCGGCGGCUGCCGCAAGGAGCUGAAGCACGACACCACCCACGUCUGGGUCCCCUUUAAGCCUGGCGCCGGCGAGGAGGGGUCUCACCUGGGCGACUUCUAUGCCGCGUUGUUCCAGGAGUACCUGAGCGUCGCCAACAAGGUGCCUGGCAAGACCUCGGCCAAGUACUUCGAACGCACCCCGUCCACCAACGAGCUAACCGUCUGGGACACCACUGGCAACCACGUCAGCAGCUUCGCCAUGGCGAUGAUGCACCUCCUGGCCGUCCGCAUUGCCAGGGUCAACCCUUCCGACGACGAGAAGACCAGCCUCCGGAAGAUGCUGCAGGACGAGAUCGUGGCGCGCUACUGGAUUGCGGAGUGCAGGGCUGAGGACAAAAGCGACCAGAAGUCCACGUUCUUCUCGAUGGGACUGCUGUUCUGGGCCAUCACCCACCCUACGGAGCUGGAGGCCAAGAUCAAGGGAUAA